UCUUUAAUUAAUUUGUUUUUUCAUUUAGCUCUUAAACUUGUUGAGUGCUGAAACCGCAUCAAGGUUUAAUUUUCUUUCUUUUUAUUGAACCUUCACUUUGUGCUCGAAGCGUAUGGUCUCUUUUGUGCUGGAAGCGUAUGGUUUCCAACUACUUUUGACAUUUAUUCGGGAGAAGAAUUACAAAAGAGAAACGAAAUUAAUAAAUAUAUUAAUAUUCAAGACUUUGUGGCAAACGCUUUUUGCAAAAGAUGCGGAUAAAUUGGAGCAUUCUAAUGACGAUCCGAUCACCUAUUAUAUAAUUGAAAGUGACCCGAUUGUUAACAAAUAUAUCUCUUACAACAGGGAUGAAGGAAGUUUAAAUUGUGCAUCGUUCAUAGGAGGAAUCAUAGCAGCUGCUCUCAAUGAAACUGGAUUUAAUGCUAAAGUGACAGUUCAUUGGCACAAAGGGACAACUUUCAUGAUAAAUUUCGAUCAAGCUACCAUUGACCGGGAUAAGGCUGAAGAAAGAAUCUUGAUAAAAAAUUUAUCAGCAAAAUCCCUUAUCUUUUGA